AUGACGCCGGGCUGGGCCAGCGCACGCGGACUCAGGACGCGCCCCCAGGACCCCGAGCGGGGCUGCGCGGGGCUGGUCCGGGCCCGACCCCGGGAUCCUGCAAUAGUGACGGCCGCCUCCGGCCCGCAGCCAAUCCCACUCCAGAGCCCUCCGCGGGACCGGCUCCGGCGUAGGCACCGCCGGGGGCUGGACCAGGAGCGGGAGCUGGAGCCGGAGCUGCCCGGGGUCCCCCAGUCCGGCUCGGGAGCCCGAGGUGGAGCUCGCCCGGCCCCUUCGUGCGCGUCCACACUCGCCGCGGGCCAGGGGAAUGCCCAUUCCGUGCCUGACAACCCGGACGCGCUGUGGACCCGCUUCAUAUUCCGAGGACCCGUUGAUCCCCGGGCCACCGGCCUGGGAACUGGAAAGGCGGCUGGCAUCUGGAAGACGCCGGCAGCCUAAGGUCAGCGGCUGGGAGUCUCGGGCCCCGAGUGCAUCGCCUUUAUUCGGGAGCUGGAGGAAGGUAAACGGGGUCCUCGGGACCUUGGCGCGUUGGCACCUGGACCACCCCCUCUAGUCAAGAAGAUCAGCCAAGAAGGCAUCAAAGGGAUGUUCAAUUUGCUGGAGAAGAGAGAGCGGGACCUUAAUACAGCGGCACGCAGCGGCCAGGCCCUGGUGCAACAGAAUAGGGCUCUGAUGGAGGAGAACAGCAAGUUGGAAGCCAGCCUGGGCUUGGCCAAGGAGGAGGUAAGGGGGACUCAGACACAGAUGAGCUUGCAGGACCACCUCCUUCAGCUCUACUCAGACUCUGAGGAUGAGGAGUAGGAGGAGAAAGAGGAGGAAAAGGAGGAGGGAGAAGAAGAGGAAGAAGAGCAGCAUGAUCAUCUCAAGCUGUGCCUGUCCUACUUUGCACCUGGGCAAUUCUUUGAGCAAACUGAACAGUUGGGAACUGGUACCCCCACUCCCUGCACCCCAGCUCCCAUCACUGUCUCCCCUGGGAGUUCUCAGGAUUUGCCGCACUGCUGCCCUCAGCUGGAAGCCCUGCAGGUGCAGCUCAGGCUUCUAGAGGAAGAGAACGAUCAGCUGAGAGAGGAGGUGAGCCCAACUGGAACCCUUGAGGGAGAGGAGCAGAUGCUCAUUCUGGACUGCCUGGAGCAGUUUUCUGAGGGCAGCCAGCAGAUGGCUGAGCUGUGACUGCUGGUGCUCAGGAUGGAGAACUGCCAGCAGCAGAGGGAGGUCACCCCACUGUGGCCCGGGGUUGUGGAGCUGCAGCAGCACUGCCAGUUAUAUGGGGCUGAGGCUGAGAAGCUGCAGGAGCAGCUGUCAUCGAAGAAAGUCCAGAUGCAGUUCCAGGACCAGGAGGCACUUCCUGGUUUCCAGGAGGCCCUGGCUGAGCUCAGGGUGUCUAUAAGAAGGAUUAUGACAGAUCCUCUAUUUGAGCUGUGCUGCAGUGAGGAGUGACAGCAGGAACAGGGGUUCGAGGCUGAGGAGGGGUUGAUGCUGACAAUGGAUUUUGUGCUGGCGGAAGAUUUCAUGCCUGUAGAGAAGCUGGUGCCUGCGGAGGAGCUGCUGGCCCUGGAGGAGGUGGUGCCAGCUGAGGAGAGGGAGGUGGCAGAGGAGGUGGAGCCGGAGCUGGAGGAGGCAACAUGGACGAACGUGGUGACCUCAGCCCUGGAGGCCAGUGGCUUGGGCCCCUCACACCUGGACAUAAAGUAGAUCCUUUAGCAACUGGCCAACGGGCAGGACACCCGUUACAAGUGGCAGCUGAGGCAGAAGAUGCUCCGGAAAGGCUCCCCAACCCUGCAGCGUGGCAGCAGCAGGCCAAAACAAACAAGGGGCAGGACCGUGGUGCAGCGGCCCAGGGUGCCGACCCAGGGCUUUCGGAGGCUGGAGGAGGACAGGGCCAACCCGCCCAGGGCCUGGGAGGAAGAGGGGCCUUCCGGGGCCACCCAGGCCAUUGGAACAAAGGCCUUGGCCAGCAAAGGCCCCAGUCAGACCAGUCCCCUGGGUGCAUCUGCAGGUGGGGCUAGGGUCUCCUACAGGGUGGUAGGGAGCGGGGCAAGAUCUCCUCUCCCAGCUAGAAAGCCCAAAGGCUGUUGAGCCACAGCUGCUGAGUGCAGGCCUUGUGCCAGGCCAGCCGGGUGAGACCUGCUUUUGAGGAGCUCAUGGUGAUGUCAGUGAUGAUUUACUGACACUCACAUGCAUCGGACCCUGAGCUAAGGCUUUACAUGCCUUGUCUCCUUUUGUGUUCCACCUCUGUCCUCAUUUAUUGGGUGAGCAAACUGAGGCUCAGAGAGGUGAAGUAACUUGUUCAAGGGCACAGAGCUAGGAGUGGACCUGAGCCCAUCGUCAUCACUCCUAUGCCGUGCACCUCUCUUAGCCUGUCCCUGCCCUCUGAUCUUGUCCUGGUGCCCAUCUGCCCCUCCUGGCCUGCCCGUGAUGGCCCUUUGGUCACCACUGGGUGGAACAACGCUAGCCUCAUCUGGGCCUCAUGUGAGGUUGUCCAGGUUGUAAACAGGAUGGUGACCUCUAUGUCCAGGCAGUGGGCCACCUGCGUAACUGUGUUGGUGGCCCUCUGUCUUCUUCAGCUUUCGCUGUCCAGGCCAGGCCUGUGGUCCUCAGGCCUGUAGCUCACAGGCACUCCCUUUCUCUUCCAGGCUUUGCUGUUUCCCAGCAGCCUGCAGAGGCCCCACAGAGGGCACAAGGCCCCUCCUGCUGUUGCCUGGCCAAGUCCCACCCACCCCAGACCUGCCUUCCCAUCCUCUGAAUCUGGACCCCAUGUCUGUCAGAAGCUCACCCUCUGUGCUAAUGAGCUGGGGCUGGAGCUUGAGGGCCCAAACCUUGACUCUCUUCUGAGACAGGCUCAGGGAACCCCAGCCCUCCUCUUGCAGCUGGUGCAAAAGCUGUGGCUGCUGGGCCUGGAGCACAUGGUGACCUACAGGGUGGGAGAAGCCCAGGGGAGGCCCACUGGCCACCAGACCCAGAUCUGAGAGGGGCCUGACUGAGCUGAGGUGGGGGUGGGGGUGUUUCACCGAGUAUAGGAGGUUGUUGUGAGUGCCCCCCAAAUUCAAGGGGGCUCCCAUGUCCUUGUUGACUUUUGGGGACCUGGCCUCUCAUCCCCCUUUCUUCAUUCUUUCUUCUCAGUCCCUAAUUACAGUUUGUAACCAGAAGUGCCUGUGUGUGGGUGAGGUGUCCCUCUGCUCUGGGGUGUCUCGCCCCCCCCACCCCCCGUAUAGCCUGUGGCCUGUGAGCAUUCAGGCUCCCACCCAAGGCCCAGUUGUCCCCUCCAUGCUGUCCUCCCUUCGGUGACAUUGUGUCCUUUUCCAGAUAGUCUCCUCUUUCCCACCCCUUGACUCAUAAACAGCUGGAGUCUGGGGCUCAGAACUCCCCAUGGGUACCUGCCUGCUCCCCAGUGCUUCUCAGUCUCGUGUUUCCUGUCAGCCAGUGCAUGUGCUGGUUUAGGAAAUAAAGGACCUGUUUGCUACAUG